UGCCUCUCUCCGCACCCUAUAAAUUCCCAAUUCCUCUCUUCUUUCUUUUUACUCUACACAAACACAACCUUUCUCUCUCUAUCUCUCUCUAUCUCUUCAUGUAAUAAACUAAUAGGAUUCCUUGGCAAAUCACAGUUCUGGGAUAAUACCCAUCAAUUCCAAUUUUGUUUUCUUAAAUAAAAGAUUGAAUUUUUAUUUUGGUGGGGGAGGGGGGUUUGAGAAGAACACAGUGCUGAGAGUUUUUUUCCCAAGUACAAUGAUUCUGUUCCUCAAGGGAUGCAUUCUGUGGAAAUUCUUUGCAUUUCUUGAAACUGAAUUUUGUGUGGCCAAAGGCUAUUACUUUUGGAUUUUCCAGAUUUUUAAUAGAUACAGUUUGGGGACUUAGCUAACUGUUGAGUGUAUAUCUUAUCCUCUCUGCUUUCUAGUCUGAUCUUUAGCUAGUUUUGGAGUUUUUUUUUUUUGUGUGUGAGCUUAGGAAUUGAGACAUGGGGGGAGCAUCAUUGCCACCCGGGUUUCGGUUCCAUCCAACGGAUGAGGAGUUAGUUGGAUACUACCUGAAGAGGAAGACUGAUGGGGUUGAGAUUGAGCUAGAAGUGAUCCCAGUAGUGGAUUUGUACAAGUUUGAUCCAUGGGAGCUGCCAGAUAAAUCGUUCCUGCCAAAGCGCGAUAUGGAGUGGUUCUUCUUCUGCCCUCGAGACAAGAAGUACCCGAACGGGUCUAGGACGAAUCGAGCCACGAAAUCUGGGUACUGGAAGGCAACGGGCAAGGAUAGGCGAGUUGUCUGUCAGCCUGCAACCGUUGGGUACCGCAAGACCCUGGUUUUCUAUCGCGGGAGAGCUCCUCUCGGGGAUAGAACGGAUUGGGUAAUGCAUGAAUAUCGCAUUUCUGAUGAGGAUUCCCAUGGCAAUCCUAGUUUUCAGGGUCCUUUCGCCCUCUGUCGUGUCAUCAAGAGAAACGACGUUUCAAAGAAGACGAGCGAGGCUAGUGGAGUAAUAGCAGCAUCUAAGGAAACUGGAUCGAGUUCGAGCCAUGCAGGUUUCUCCUCAAAUGAGCCUAUUAUCCUUUCUGACGAUAUCCCAACUCAAACCACAUUCACGAGCACCGAGAGCAACUACUCGACGCCUAUGGCUUCUCCCUAUAUGGGGGACUACGAGUUUGGUAUGCAGCCCGAUACCGCUAGUCUCUGGAUGUCAGCUGACAUGAUUCUUGAUUCUUCAAAGGAAUGCCCUCAACAGCAGAGUGUUCCGGGAUUUCACUCAACGCAGUUUGGCUUCCCGGGCUCAACUCUAUGGCAGCCAUACGAAAACCAUGAGCUCUCAUCGAGUUCAUCUUACUCGAGUUUUAGAGGGGAAGUUGAACUUUCUGAUGAUCCAAGCCGAUAUGGCUGCCUGUCUCCUUACUUUGGCCAUGGAAACUACCUGGGAUUCUAUGGAAACGACGGAAGGCCAUAUGAAGGUUAUGAUCAGAACAGCUCAUCAAGAAAUCCGAAUCUUUUCUGACAAAAAAACAGCCCAGAUCGAGGAACUGAGAAUGCAACAACAAUUGUAUGUACCCUUUGCGCGGUGUUAAAUUAAACUUGGAAUCAAGAUCCAGUUAGUGGUGAUGGAAUUUGGCCACAAUCCAACUCGGUUUGCCUUAAAAAAACUUGAAAAUCUGUUCUCCGAGAUAACGGUUUUUGAUGAUUGUCUUGGAGUAAAACAAAACACCCUUUAAAUUUUCUUCCCUCAGAAGCAUGAAGUUCAUCUGCCUUUAAUUCCAUCAUCGAAGGGCGAUCACUUUUUAAGAUCACACCGGGAAUCGGGUUACUUAUCAGCUCAACUUCUGAACUUCUACUCAAAUAAGCUUCGAGCAUAAGAAGCCUCCCUCGUUAGAGGUACUGGAACUUUGCGCUAUUUCUACUCGCGAUGUUUGCCAUCCAUUAUCGGGCUUGUUUUUAUCUGAUAUGUCCAAUGCUGCAACAUUUAUAGUUUCUUGUUGUGUACUUAGCUGGUUAGGAGGAAGCAUUUUGCUGUAUUAGUUAUAGUGUAAUUUCUUAUGAGCUGUUAAAUGAAUCUGUUUUACUUUCU